AUGGCGAACCAGCCCGAGCAUGUCAGGAGUGCGUUCUGGACGCGUGGGCUCCCGCCCUUGGAGGCCGCUGUCGCGCCCAUUCCGCCGCCCGUGGAGAUUGUGAAGUCUUGGGGCCUCUUCGUGGGGGACCAGGAGGCCUCCUCCAUGGCCGAGAACGUGGACCGGCUCUUCGACUCGGUGAAGGCCCUGGAGGAGAAGAUCGUCCAGGCGAAGGAGGAGAAGGAGCAGCUCAUCGCCCGCGCGCGCACGGCCCAGACCACGUCCAAGGUCAACGAGAUGCUGUCGGAC